GUGAGGGGUGGGAGGGGGAGGGACGGGACUCACCCUUGACUCGAAGCAAAGUCUUGUCCUGUCAUUCACUCGCCGCACGUGGUCCGGGGUCGGCGGCGAGAGGGGGAGCCGGCAGGAGGGGCUGGAACUGCCCGGGGCGGGGAGAAGCCGCCUUGAGUUUCACUUACCCUUGGCUCGCCCGCACUCGCUCUGUCUCUGGAGCGCGUAUGGGGGCAUCUGCCGGCGAGGACACUGCCUCACCGGUCCGCCGCUCCCGCCCUCGCUCGCUGACAGCGCAGCUCUCCCCGCCGCGAUGACUUCGGUGUGGAAGCGGCUCCAGAGGGUUAACAAGCGAGCCUUCAAGUUUCGCUUCGUCGCCUCCUAUCAAGAGCUGACCGUCGAAUGCACCAAGAAAUGGCAGCCCGACAAGCUGAUCGUGGUGUGGACCCGGAGGAACAGGAGGGUGUGUUCAAAGCUGCACAGCUGGCAGCCCGGGAUCAACAAUCCGUAUCGCGGGAUGGUGGUCUGGCCAGUUCCGGAAAACAUCGAGAUCACCGUCACACUCUACAAGGAUCCCCUUGCUGAGGAAUUCGAUGAUAAAUCGUGGACGUUUAUGAUUGAAAACGAGAGCAAGGGGCGGCGAAAGGUUCUGGCGGCGGUGGACAUCAGCAUGAAGCGCUACGCCAGCCCCACGCCCACCGUGACCGACGUCAGGCUCCAGCUGAAGCCCCUCUCCGUCAAGGUCAUCUCGGCCACGCUCCAGCUCUCCCUCUCCUGCGUCUUCCUGCAAGAGGGCCGGGCUACGGACGAGGACAUGCAGAGCCUGGCCAGCCUGAUGAGCGUGAAGCAGAGUGACAUCGGUAACCUGGACGACUUCGCCGGCGACAGCGACGAGGAGGAGGGAGACCGGAGGAGGUCGUGGCAGGAGGACCGGACCAGCAAGGCGAGGGACACCAACGAGCCCCUCGGAGUUCUGGAGGAGGAAGAGGAUCGUCUCGGGACUGGGCUUCAGCAAGUGCUGACCAGGGGUCAGUCAGCAGCAGCUGCCAGCCCGGAUGAAGGGAGGGAGACCUGGUACAGACUGACCACGGGCCCUUCCCUCCCACCCUGCCCCGUCACUUAUUUAAACCCCUUCAUGCGGAGUGACGAGCCGCCUGCCCCGCCGGUGGCAAACCACAGCCCCCAGAAGGAGCACCCGUCCCCGAGCCCCACGGGAGCGAGUUUGGCCGCCUCGACCCGGCCCCCAGCGGCUGAUGAAGAGCCCGGCGAGCAGGGGUCACUCCCUGACCGGCAGCAACCCACCGCCAGCGCUGCCAGACCCACCAACCCCUUCGAGGACACCCCGCCCGGUGACCGGGACCUGGACGUCACCCCCAAACCUGCUGCCAGGCGACCCGCCGACGGAGCGAAGCAGGACGGGGUCCAGGAGGCCAACGGGGUGAGGGGUGAGAGACCACUGCCCGCCCCCCGAAUCAAAAAGAUGCAGAGCACACUGUCGGACUCCACGCCACUGACCAACGGGGCCUCUCCGGCCACGGCAGACCCUUCCCGCUCACUGAGAGCGCCCGAGUCACCGCCCCAGGCCGUCAGCCGGGGCUCCGAGGUCAAGGACAACUCGGCAGCGCCGACCCCAUCCGCCAGUUGCCCCUCCUCUGGGCCCGCUCCACCGUCCACGGCGACUCCAACCAACCAGAGGGGAUCUGAAGGGAAAACAAAGCGGAAGGCCCCGCCUCCUCCUCUGACGAUAAACACGGCUAAGGAGGGCACCAGCACAGAGGCUGCGAGAGAGAAGGUACCGCCUGGGACGUUGGUGCAGAGUCCCGGUCAGACUGCGGCGCCGGUCAAUCCCAGUCGCUGCCUGCUGGACUGGUGCAAGGAGGUGACCAAGAGCUACCCCCGGCUGAAGAUAACCAACUUCACCACAUCCUGGAGGAACGGCCUCGCCUUCUGCGCCAUCCUGCACCACUUCCACCCAGAGCUCAUUGACUACAAUUCACUGGAUCCCCAAGACAUCAAGGCCAACAACAGGAAGGCCUUCGACGGCUUGGCCGGCCUGGGCAUCAGCCGGCUGCUGGAGCCCGAGGACAUGGUGCUGCUGGCCAUCCCCGACAAGCUGAUCGUCAUGACCUACCUGUGCCAGAUCCGGGCGCACUUCACGGGCCAGGAGCUGGACGUGCUGCACAUCGAGGAGAACAGCAGCCACAGCACCUACAAGGUGGGCCGCUUCGACUCGGACACGCAGAGCUCCAUCGACCCGGGACAGUUCUACCCGGAGCGCAGGCCGCCGCCCGCCGCCGCCGCCGCCGCCGCGCCCCACAGGCCCGCCCGGCCCAAGAAGGAGGCGCAGCGGCGCAACAGCCGGGACACGCCGGACGUGCCGGCCCGCAGGAAGAGCCGGGGAGCCGAGGCCCCGGCGCCCGGUGACGGGACGCCCUCCGCGGCCGCGAAGGACCAUGGGAAGCAGGUCGCAGUUGUUGCGGACUCUCCUGCACCGAAGGACCAUGGGAAGCUGGUCGCAGCUGUUGUGGACUCUCCUGCACCGAAGGACCAUGGGAAGCAGGUCGCAGCCGUUGUGGACUCUCCUGCUACAAAGGAACAUGGGAAGCAGGUCGCAGCUGUUGUGGACUCUCCUGCUGCAAAGGAACAUGGGAAGCAGGUCGCAGCCGUUGCGGACUCUCCUGCUGCAAAGGAACAUGGGAAGCAGGUCGCAGCCGUUGCGGACUCUCCUGCUACAAAGGAACAUGGGAAGCAGCUCGCAGCUGUUGUGGACUCUCCUGCUGCAAAGGAACAUGGGAAGCAGGUCGCAGCCGUUGUGGACUCUCCUGCACCGAAGGACCAUGGGAAGCAGGUCGCAGCCGUUGUGGACUCUCCUGCUACAAAGGAACAUGGGAAGCAGGUCGCAGCUGUUGUGGACUCUCCUGCUACAAAGGAACAUGGGAAGCAGGUCGCAGCUGUUGUGGACUCUCCUGCACCGAAGGACCAUGGGAAGCAGGUCGCAGCCGUUGUGGACUCUCCUGCACCGAAGGACCAUGGGAAGCAGGUCGCAGCUGUUGUGGACUCUCCUGCACCGAAGGAACAUGGGAAGCAGGUCGAAGCUGUUGCGGACUCUCCUGCACCGAAGGACCAUGGGAAGCAGGUCGAAGCUGUUGCGGACUCUCCUGCACCGAAGGACCAUGGGAAGCAGGUCGAAGUUGCGGACUCUCCUGCAGCGAAGGACCAUGGGAAGCAGGUCAAUGUGGGUCCGGAGACGCUUGUGGCCGGGAAGCAGGUCCCAGAUACCGUGCCACCGACCGCACCGGGAAGUAACGGGGCGCCGGAGAGGAGAAUCAGUGUGGAACUGUCGGCCGCCGGGGCUGAACCUGAUGGGAAAGCCGUCGGCGAGCCCAGCAAGGCGCCCGGUCCCGGGGAGCAGCCGUCCGCUGGGGCCGACGGGAAGAAGGUCGGCGGGCAGCCUCCCCGCGCGGAAGCGGAGGAUGCCGGGAGGACGGUCGCCGCCGGGCCGGCGCCGGGGGCUCGAGUGGAGCCGGGGUCCGGCCGGCCGGAGCGGCCGCAGCGCUCGCUGUCGACGGAGAGCCGCUCCCCGGGGCGCUGCAGCCGCUCGGGCUUCUCGCACCUGAGGGACGCCGACCUGGUGAAGAAGAAGCGGGCGAGGAGGCGCAGCAGCUCGAUGGAGGAGACGGAGGCCGCCAAGCCGGAGCUGGACAUCAGCGAGGUACAGAUCGAGAUCUGCCCCGAGCCCAGUGCCAAGCUGGCAUCGCCGGGGCAGGACAGGGAACAGCUGGGCACGGAGCAUCUUGGAGAGCUGAAGCGGCAGAAGUCCACGCAGGAGGAGCAAUCCUGUGGGAAGGAAAACGUUCCCGAGGUCAAGCCUGAAGAAGACACCCUGCGGUUCCGAGACACGAGUCAGUACGUGCUGGGUGAGCUGAGCGCCCUGGAGAGUGAACAGAAGCAGAUCGACUCCCGGGCGGCCGUGGUCGAGAAGCAGCUGCGGCGCCUGAUGGAUUACGGUCCGCACGGGAUGGAAGAGGAGCAGCUGAUCCAGGAGUGGUUCAUCCUGGUGAAUAAGAAGAACGCUCUGAUUCGGAGACAGGACCAACUGCAGCUGCUAGAGGAGGAACAGGAUCUGGAACGAAGAUUCGAGUUGCUGAACAGGGAGCUCCGCGCUAUGUUGGCGAUUGAAGACUGGAAGAAGACCGAUGCCCAGCAGCGGAGGGAGCACCUGUUGCUCGAGGAGCUGAUCGCCCUGGUCAACCAGCGGGACUCCCUCGUCCGGGAUCUGGAUGCGAAGGAGAGAUUCGCGGAGGAGGAGGACGCUCGGCUGGAACGGGGUCUGGAGCACCAGCGGAAGAGGCUCAGCCGGCGGGAGAAGUGCGUGGUGAACUGAAUGGGGGUGGGGAGUGUCCCGGGAGGGACGGGACGAGCCCACCCACAACCGGAGGGGAGACGCUUGCAGUUGCUUCGCGUGGCUGGGGGUGGCGCCCCUGUUUCCGUCGGCGCUGGGAACACCGUGUCUGCGGACGUCAACGAGGCCGUAGAAAGCAGCGUCCGCCUCUGUGCCGUGGACGACAAUCCCUCCUCGGGACUUUGAAGUGAAUUUUGUGCUGCUGUUGGCUCCCAUUACCCCUGAGGAAAAGACGGAGGUGGUGGCGGAGAGGUGGAUAACCUUGCACCAGCCCGGGGGGAGGUGACGAUCGUGGGAUCCCGGAUCCCACCAGCCCUGCACUCUCCCUUCACCCGCCCUGGCCCUCCUGGUCUGAGACCCCGAGCACAGCAGGCAGCCGAUAACCAGACUGCUCUCCGCCCGUCCCCCGUCCCGAGUGCUCGAUCUACCUCAGUGCCUCUGUCCUCGAGUAUCUACUCGUCCCCACUUCCAAUAGACUGGGUGAUGGAACCGUCAGGGGGUGACGGUCAAAUCCGCAGAUUUAUCAGCCCAGCGGGAAGGGAGCUUACUCUGAGAGGGGGAGGGGGAAGGUACCAGGAUGAAGAACCGAAAGCUGGGUUUGGGGUGGGCGGGGUGCAGUGAGGCCAGGGGAACCGGAGGAGGGAGCUCCAGGUGAAAGAACGGAACGAGCUGCCAGAGGAAGCGGCGGGUGCAGGUUAGGUUUAAAAAGUUUGGAUAGGGACAUGGGUGGGACGUGGACUGACGCAAUGGGCCGAAGGGUCUCGUUCUGUGCUGCGGUGCGCUGUAACUGUGGCGGAGGGAGCAUGUGGGGUCAGGACCCGGGACAGUCACGUUCAUUUGUCCUGCUCACCACUUUUCCCUGUCCCCUCCGCUCUGCGGGUACGCACGAUGGAUGGGUUGAUCGGCGGCUGUGAACUGCACCCCCCCCACCCCCAGCACAUGGGUGGAGUGUGGACUCUGGGGGGGUGCGGGGAUGUCUGUGAGGAGAACCUCUCGGGUCUAACGAUGAUCAGCGUAGGGCCAGUGUGCCAAAGGGCCUCUCUCACUGCUGUACCCCUCCCUCACCGAUGAAGCUCCAUCUCUGGGACUGAGGGUGGAAAACACCAGAUCGCCAGCCGCAGAGUCAGGCCAGCUCGUCCACGCUUCACCGGGUGGGGGCAAAGGAGGGGAUUUAAAUCCUGCUCCUUUUCCCCUCCCUCCCUCCCUGGCAUUGCAGGGUGAAAGCACUCCAGCCGGACACGGACAGAGACGAGUCCCGCUGCCGUACAAGGGGUGACCGUUUCCGGCAUGGAGGACGGGAAGAUCUCCCUGAGCCCAAGCGGCUCGUCAGCAAGUGGUGGGCCUGGACUUUGCUUGGAAUCUGUUCCAUCUUUUGUUGUUGUUGCUGCACUAUUUAUGAUCUACUGUUUGGAAUUAAAUGCCAUACCAAAGAAAG